AUGGAGCUGAUGCAGCAGCUUACACUUUGCACGGCCCUGCUGAUGGCCGCCGCGAUCGUAAGCAACAAUGGACAGUUCCUGCCCGGACCACGCUACAGCCUGGACAACAUGCCCAAAACGAGCUUCACCUGCCGGGACAAAAUUCUCGGCGGGUACUACGCGGACUCGGAAACGCAAUGCCAGAUGUUUCACGUUUGCGUGAAGGUGGCCGGUGUCGGUGUGCAAGAUUUCCGCUUCCUCUGCCCCAAUGGUACGGCUUUCGAUCAGGAAGCCCAGAUCUGUGCCGAUUGGGGUGAUGUCGACUGUGAAGCGGCCACACUGUACUACGGCAGCGAUAACUUCGACCUGUACCGGUUGGGUUCCGGAUUCGAGAGCAAGCGGGCCCCGUUCGCGGAGGAGGAAGAGGCCACCUUCCAUCUGCAGCGUGCCGAAACGAGCGAUGCUCGAAGAAGCAAGCAGUACAUCGUUAACCAGAGCUCCAAACCACAGCAACCACCGAGCCUGAAUCAGAUCCCCAGCGUACAGAAACCGGCCCAUCCCCAGCAACCUCAGCAAUACUUCCGUCAACCGGUGACACCGUCCACCACCACGACGACCACGUCCACCACAACGACCACAACGACCCCCUCCACGCCAGCGGAACGCAUCUUCUACAAAACGAGCCAAGCGCCCACCAAGCUGCACCAGAAACAUGUGGAGCACAAGCAACAUCAGCUUUUGCUGAACCAGCAGCAGCUUCUUCAGGCGCAACACUAUCGGCAGCUAACGGCGGCUGCAGCCACCGCAACGCCCGCCGAUCGUCGACCGGCGGUGGAAGAGAUUCGCACCACGACACCAUCAUUCGGCAACAACUUUGCGCGCUCCCAGCAUCAGCAACAGCAGCAACAGCAACGACAGCCCCAGUUGCAACAGCCGCAACAAUCUCGCGCAACGCAGCACAGCGACUUCAACAACGAUGAGAUCUUCCGUGGAUCGCACAGUUCGCACUUCUACAACAACCGGAACAAUGGUAAGGAGGACUACGAGGAGGAACUUUACCGGAAGUCCACGACGACCGCUCGGACAACGGUUGCGGCCGGCACGAAUCGGGCGGCAUCGCCCCAAGCUGGAACACGUGGCCGCAAUCGGGGACGCGGUAGUGUCCGUGCCCAUCAUCUGAACGCGCUGCGCAAUGAGAUUAAGCCGAGUACAAGCACAACGCCCGUCAGCGUGACGAAACAGCAGCCAAAUCACCAGCAAUACCCGCACCAGCAACAGUUGCAACAGCAGCGACAGGUGCAGCAGCAACAGCAACUGCAGCAACAGCCACGCCAACAGAAUACCAAGCUGCAGACGACGACACCCGAUGACUUUGUGGACAUUCCGAAGAUACCCAACUUCCGGCAGCAGCCUACGACGGUGCUGAAGCCGCAGCAAUCUCCCGCCCAGGUACCUUCGUUUGGACAGGCCAUCAUCUCCACACCGGCUCCGUUCGCUAAGCAACCACAGGUACAGCCACAAAGUCGCGGAAAUGCUCAGUUCUUCAAUCAGCAACAGCAACAGCAGCAGCUAGUAACGAGCUCCACCACACAGGCAUCGCCGCAGCCCGCUCAGCGUUUCGGUGGUAAUCCAGCGCCAGCUACGAACAACUUCAAGAUCACCGUCACGACGCCACAGUACGAUCGUAGCAACAACUUCAACCAGCCGCCACAACAACCGUUCAGCUUCAAUGCUCAGCCACGACAGCAGGCCCCGAUCGUCAGCACCACAUCCGCCGCCCCGGUGAACAAUCCGUUCCAGUUCUUCGCCUCCCAAACAACGACCACCAUUCGUCCGCGAAGCACCUUCGAGAAUCGGGCUACGGAGCGUUCGUUUGAUGAGGCUUCAGUUACCACUCCGCAGGAAUCCCAGCGUAUCCGGCCGCAGUCGCGUACGUUCAACGUUGACCCGAACCGGCUGAACCAAUUCAACUACAACGAAUAUCAGGGUAGUCGCGCCAGUACCACUACAACGACCACAUCCACCACCACCACCACGACUCCGGUUCCUCCGACGACAUUCGCUCCGGCCCAGCAGAACUUCCGUCAGCGGGCACCUCAGCAAAACACCUUCUUGAAUCCAUUCUUCAACAACCCUGCCACGGUGGCACCUGCCAUCACUACCAUCCCACCUUCCAUCGUCCAGAAGGCCGUCCCUAAGGAACGCUACCAAUCGAUUUCACGCACCGGCAACGAAGGACACACACCGUCGACGGUGAAGAAGUUCUCCACGCUCGUGCCCAAGGAUCAGUACAAUCCGACCACCUUCAAACCGAACGCUAUCAGCAAGAAGGCACUGCUCCAGUUCGUCAACCAGAAGAGUGUGAUCGGGCUCGAGAAGUCACCGUUCACCGAUCGGGUCAGCAUUACUACCACGACCAGCACCACCGAGAAGGUGCCGGCACCGGCGACGACCCGGUACCCGGGCUACAUCCCCACCGUGCCGCCCGUAACGUCCACGUCCACAUCCACCACGACGACUACAACGCGUGCCCCCUUCACAACCACAACCGCCGCCUCCAACACACCACCACCGCCGAACCGAUUCUUCCAGCCACCGAUUCCGAAGUCGAGCCUACUGACGCAGUCUCCCAUCGUGGUUACCUCGGCGAAACCGGACCCGACCGAAAUCGACGAAGACGACGGCCAGUACCAUCCGGAGCUGUACGAGAAAGACUUCUAUCGUAAUCGCGUAAAGGCGAAGGCGGCAGCAGCGGCCGCACUUGCCCAGGCUCGCAACUCCAACGGUCUUGCCUCGCUGUCCACCAGCGACGAGGAAGAAAUCUUCCGUACCGCGCACUCGCAGAACAUUGCCGCGAGCGGUAACGAUUUGAUACUGGAGCGCGCCCGGCAGGCGGCUGCCCGGAUCAAUGAGUUCUUCUCGUCCUCCUCGGUAAAGCCAACGACAACGGCACGGAAAGACCCAAAGGACGGUCAGCCGGAAUCGGUCACACCGAAAGCGAAGCACCAUAAGGACGGGUCUCGGACCAAGUCGUCCCAUGGGACGAAGGGCGCGGGGAGCAGUAGUAACGCGACGCCACGUCCAUUCUCCAAGGCUCCGACGAUCCCACCGAAUGCGACCAUCACCAAGCGGCCACCGGAAGACGAUAGCUACGACUACGCGUACUACGACACCGGCAGUCCCGAUGUGCCCGAGUACGACAUCAUCGAGGACUUUGGCCGGAAGCGGGUCUGA